AUGGCCUCCGUUGCUCGCGCUUUCCGUCCCCUUACCUCCCGGGCCCUUGCCCAGAAGCCUCUGGCUUCUAGCUGCCGUGCUACACCUGCUUUCCGCUUCCCGCGGGGAACUCGGAGCUUCUCGCAGAGCCCUCUUGCUCAGGUGAAGAAGUACACCGAGUCGCACGAGUGGAUUGAGCUCGUUGACGGCACCAACACUGCCAAGAUCGGUAUCACCAAGUACGCCGCCAACUCCCUCGGUGACGUCGUCUUCGUUGAGCUCCCAGAGGCCGACCUCGAGGUCUCCGCCGGUGAGCCCGUCGGUGCUGUCGAGUCCGUCAAGUCGGCUUCCGAUGUCCUCUCCCCUGUCGCCGGCAAGGUCAUCCAGGGUAACGCCGUUCUGGAGGACAACGCCAAGACCAUCAACUCCAGCCCUGAGCAGGAUGGGUGGAUUGCUGAGAUUGAGAUUAGCGAUGCUGCUGAGAUCGAGACUCUCCUGAGCGAGGAGGCCUACCUCGAGACUCUUGAGGGUGACCACUAG